AUGACUUUACCUGGUGUGGUAGCUGGCCUUUUACCACAAAAAUUUUUUGGAUAUAUUCCACUAGCUAUAGGUGUUGAGAUAAUACUUGGUAUAACAAUUUUAAACAAAGCAGGUGGUUUAUAUGGAAUACUAUCAUUAUUUACAGGUCAUCCAAUAAAUUUUUGGCAAUGGUUAUAUAAUUCAUUAGCUUUAAUCAUGUUACCUAUUUAUGCUAAUGCAUUAAUUAAUUUAACCAACAAACAGAAUAAUGUACGAAAAAUUUCGUUAUCCACCGUUGUUUAUUUGAUUGAUACCCUAAUUGGAAUACUAUAUACUUUGUAUUUUAUGGUUUUCUGGUUUUAUUCAGAAGAAGAAAGUGGAACUGAUGUUGGAGGUAAUGGAUUAAAUUUUUUUAAAAGAACAAUGGAUGAAACUGAUGCUGGAGCGGAUUUAUCCAAGCAAUCUGCAUCAGCUCAUAGGGAAUUGUUUUUUAUUUUCAGUACAAGCUUAAUAAUGACGGUAAUUAGAAUAUAUUUCACAUUAGUUUUAAUAAGCUUUAAUAAAAACUUACUAAAACAACAAACGUUGAGAGAUUAUAAUAAUCACAAUGAAACGAAUAGUUCAAGUCAAAACAAUCAAGUUGAUGCCGAAGAACAAGAAAUAUUAGACUCCAAGGGAAUCUAUGGAGAGUUUCGAAAAGUUGUUUUGGAUAUCGAAAUUAGAGCUAAAGAAUUUUUGAGUGAUUAUCUAUUAUAG